AUGACAACGACCCUCACUCAGACCGUCCUGGUCUCCCCUGGCGGGACUGAACAUCUCUCAGAGACUAGCCUUCCAAUAACACUGCUGGGCGAUUCUUCGAGUGAUUUCCAAGAGUGUGAUCCACUGCCUCCUAAAUCAUCCCGCCUUCAGAAGGUGGUUGUGACGAUCCAAUUGUCCGGUGUGACCUUCACUUCAAGCCUGAUCAAUGGACUUGUCAUUGUUGGACUGCCUGCCAUCACGGAAGAUCUUCAACUCCCAUCUUCCCUGGCUUUCUGGCCCGCCUCUGUAUCUGGCCUUGCCACGGCAUCCACCUUGCUUAUUGCUGGAUCCGUCGCCGACGUCCUCGGCCCCCGCUGGGUUGACUUGGUAGGAUGCUUCACUAGUGGAGCACUUAUGAUCGGAUCUGGGGCUGCUCGGAAGGGUACCGAGCUAGUCGCCAUGCGAGCACUUCAAGGAGUGGGCCUUGCACUUCAUCUCGCCUCUUCUGUCGCCAUCAUCACACAGAUUAUGCCCAAAGGACGAGGUCGCAACUUGGCCUUUUCAUGCCUCGGACUCAGCCAACCACUUGGGUUCUCUGUUGGCCUUGUGCUAGGUGGGAUUUUCGUCGAUACCAUCGGUUGGAGGGCUGGAUGGUUCCUCUCCGGUGGUUUGACCUUGUUACUUGCUGUCAUUGGUGUGUGGGCUCUUCCCCGGAGCCACCAGAACCGAAGACUCGAAGACAUUCUACAUGAGGUCAAGACGAAGAUUGACUGGGUUGGGGCUAUCCUUGCAUCAUCCUUCAUGACUCUUCUUUGUUACCUACUGGCUAUCUUGAGUGCAGAUGUUUCCCGGAUCAAUGAGCCGUUCAGUAUUGUCCUCUUGUCCCUUAGCCCAAUUGCCCUUCUCUGCUUUAUUGGCUGGAUGCAUCAUCGUGUGAAGAAGGGAAAACCAGCCUUGAUCCCCAACUCGCUUUGGAUCAACGCAACUUUCUCAAGCAUCUGUGCCACAAUCGCCCUAUCAUUUGCCGUCCUAAACUCCAUGGAGUUGUUUUGCAGUUUGUUUUUUCAAGAAAUCCAGGAACUGCCAGCAAUUCAAGCUUCGAUCCGUAUCUUGCCCUGCACUUUGGUGGGUGCACUUGUCAAUCUGAUUAUGGGCUUCUUUGUACACAAAGUCCCUGCCAUCUGGAUUGUCACGGUUACCUCAGUUCUCUGUGCUGUGUCUCCCCUCCUCAUGGCGGUCAUUCAGCCGUCGUGGCCAUAUUGGGGAAACGCAUUUGUUGCCCAGUUGCUCCAGCCUGUCAGUUGUGAUGCUCUCUUCACUGUCGGAUUGAUCGUCAUCACGGACGUGUUCCCAGAGGAUACCCAGGCCCUAGCAGGAGCUGUGUUUAACACUGCUGCACAGUUUGGCAGUGCUCUUGGUCUUGCCAUUCUACAGGUCAUUUCUACCCUGGUCACGAAAGAGCAAAAGGGGAUGGAAGAGAUUCCUGCACUCAUGGAGGGAUAUAGAGCCAGUUUUUGGACCAUGUUUGGUUUUAUGAUAUUAUGUACGGUGAUUGGCGUACUGGGAUUAAGAAGGACUGGAAAGAUCGGUCUCAAGAGGGAUUAA